UCAGGGUCUAGAGAAGGGGACAUUAGGCUGGUUGAUGGUCAGGUUCCCUCUGAGGGCCGUGUGGAGAUCUACCAUGAUGGAAGUUGGGGAACUGUGUGUGAUGAUAGCUGGGACCUCAGUGAUGCCCGAGUGGUGUGUCGCCAGCUUGGGUUCUCUGGUGCAAUACGUGCCACAGAGGGAACAGUAUUUGGUUCAGGGCGUGGCAGAAUUUGGAUGGAUGAUGUAAGCUGUGACGGGACAGAGAGAAAGCUGUCUCAGUGCACGUUCAACGAGUGGGGAGAGAACAACUGCAGCCCUACCGAAGAUGCUGGUGUUAUAUGUGAAAGGUCUAGAGAAGGGGACAUUAGGCUGGUUGAUGGUCAGGUUCCGUCUGAGGGCCGUGUGGAGAUCUACCAUGAUGGAAACUGGGGAACUGUGUGUGAUGAUAGCUGGGACCUCAGUGAUGCCCGAGUGGUGUGUCGUCAGCUUGGGUUCCCUGAUGCAAAACGUGCCACAGACGGAGCAGAAUUUGGUUCAGGGCGUGGCAGAAUUUGGAUGGAUGACGUAAGAUGUGACGGGACAGAGAGAAAGCUGUCUCAGUGCACGUUCAGCGAGUGGGGAGAGAACAACUGCAGUCCUACCGAAGACGCUGGUGUUAUAUGUGAAACUGAAAGUGGUAAGACUAAUGAGAAUGUCAGUCAGGACUAUCCUCUGGACCACAAUUCAAGCCUCUCAUUUCAACUGGGGGAGCUGUUUGAUAGUGAACGUGAUUGUGAUGUGGACAUUGAUGUGGUGGUGGACAACAACAACACUGUGGAGACAAUAUGCGCCCACAGGCUCAUCCUCUCUCUGGGCUCUUUCCUCAAAACGUCACAGGAAGACAAACUAACAAACAACAAACUCAGCAUUCACGUCACUUCCAACUGCAGCCAACACGUCACAAGCUUCGUCAGGUACCUCUACACACGACAGAUCAAUAUCACGCUGUCCUCGGCCCAGUGCAUUCAUAAGAUGGCAUCUGACUGGAGUGUGAAACCUCUUCAGCAUGAGGCAGCAAAUUUUUUCAGCUGGUUUCUGCCAGAUGACCCUACUUUUCAUACUCCCAGGUCUUUCUAUGAGUAUGCUGUUCUUACAGAUGAUAGGAGUUUGCAGGAAACCUGUCUUCGCUAUUUGGCUUGGAACUGUGAGGCACUGAUCCGUUCCCCAGUCUGGCGCAGUCUCUCCCUGGAUCUGGUCAAGGCUCUCCUGUCCCGCUCAGACCUGGUGGUGCCCAAUGAGACCUACCUCUUUAAAGGCCUGAAAAGUUGGGUUUCGGCCCAAGAGAACAUAUCUAUUUCUGAAACCCUUUUGGAGCUCAUCCGGUUCCCCAUGAUACCAGCUGAAGACUUAUUCAAAGUUAGAGGCUCGCAGUACCAGGCUAGCAAGUUGCAGGGUUUUCAGUUCAAUGCCCUGCCCUUUGGGAUGCUGCAUGACAACCUGGCAGAGAAAGAGGACGUUUACACAUCCAGGAUUUACACUGGCAGUCCAUGGAGCUUUACCUUCAAUGCACAGGACAUCAGUGAUUACCAAGAGUUUGGAGUCUACACUCUUAGCGGCCAACGUCAUCACAACCUGAGGUCCAGUUUCAAGACGCCUGUGCUUAACAGUGCCUACUUUGCCUUUCACAACAUACUCUGGAACACAAAGAUAUAUAUGAGUGAUGAAGAUUGCUCAAACAGUGGUGUCACAUGCCCUUCCCUGCCUGCAGUCAGUUUGGAGAUCCAGGAAAGGAUGAGUAAUUUACCCAGACAUCUGGAGAAAAGCAUUAUGUACAACAACAGGCUUGUUGUUAUGUGUGCCAAUAAGUACGUGUUUCAUGUUGAGGAUUUCAAAGGGUUUGAUGAUAAUAAUCUGGCAUUUGUUCCCACCAACAACAAGCAUAGGGAAGGGGACAUCAGGCUGGCUGAUGGUCAGGUUCCCUCUGAGGGCCGUGUGGAGAUCUACCGCUAUGGAGUUUGGGGAACUGUGUGUGAUGAUGGGUGGGAACUCAAUGACGCCCAUGUGGUGUGUCGCCAGCUUGGCUUCCCUGGUGCAAUUAAGGCCCUGGAAUCAGCAGCAUUUGGUCAAGGAAGCGGCACCAUUUGGAUGGAUGAUGUAGACUGUGAUGGAACAGAGACAAGCCUGUCUCAGUGCAGCUUCAAUGGGUGGAGGAAGCAUGACUGCUCUCACUCAGAGGAUGCUGGCAUUAGAUGUGGAAAGGAGCAUAGGGAAGGGGACAUCAGGCUGGCUGAUGGUCAGGUACCCUCUGAGGGCCGUGUGGAGAUCUACCGCUAUGGAGUUUGGGGAACUGUGUGUGAUGAUGGGUGGGACCUCAAUGACGCCCAUGUGGUGUGUCGCCAGCUUGGCUUCCCUGAUGCAAUAAAGGCCCUGGGAUCAGCAGCAUUUGGUCAAGGAAGCGGCACCAUUUGGAUGGAUAAUGUAGACUGUGAUGGAACAGAGACAAGCCUGUCUCAGUGCAGCUUCAAUGGGUGGAGGAAGCAUGACUGCUCUCACUCAGAGGAUGCUGGCAUUAGAUGUGGAAAGGAGUAUAGGGAAGGGGACAUCAGGCUGGUUGAUGGUCAAGUUCCCUCUCAGGGCCGUGUGGAGAUCUACCAUGAUGGAGUUUGGGGAACUGUGUGUGAUGAUGGGUGGGACCUCAGUGAUGCCCAUGUUGUGUGUCGCCAGCUUGGCUUCCCUGGUGCAAUAGAAGCCCUGCAAUCAGCGGCAUUUGGCCAAGGAAGCGGCAGCAUUUUGAUGGAUGAUUUAGGCUGUGAUGGGACCGAGAGAAGACUGUCUGAGUGCAGCUUCAGUGGGUGGGGAAUAAAUAACUGCUCUCCCUCUGAGCAUGCUAGUGUUAGAUGUGAAAAAGAGUAUAGGGAAGGGGACAUCAGGCUGGUUGAUGGUCAGGUACCCUCUGAGGGCCGUGUGGAGAUCUACCGCUAUGGAGUUUGGGGAACUGUGUGUGAUGAUGGGUGGGACCUCAAUGACGCCCGUGUGGUGUGUCGCCAGCUUGGCUUCCCUGGUGCAAUAAAGGCCCUGGAAUCAGCAGCAUUUGGUCAAGGAAGCGGCGCCAUUUGGAUGGAUGAUGUAGACUGUGAUGGAACAGAGACAGGCCUGUCUCAGUGCAGCUUCAAUGGGUGGAGGAAGCAUAACUGCGAUCCCUCUGAGGAUGCUGGCGUUAGAUGUGGAAAGGGUAAGAUUCAGGUGUCAGAAGAUGUCAGUCAGAACUAUCCUCUGGACCACAAUCCAAGCAUUUUGUUCCAACUGGGGCAGCUGUUUGACAGUGGACAUGACUGCGACAUGGACAUUGAUGUGGUGGUGGACAACAACACUGUGGAGACAAUAUGCGCCCAUAGGCUCAUCCUCUCUCUGGACUCUUUCCUCAAAACAUCACAGGAAGACUUCAGCAGACUCAGUAUUAAUGUCACCUCCAACUGCAGCCAACAUGUCACCAGCUUUGUCAGGUACCUCUACACACGACAGAUCAACAUCACACUGUCCUCGGCCCAGUGUGUUCUAAAGAUGGCGUUUGAUUGGGGUCUAAAAGACCUUCAGAAUGAGGCAGCAAAACUUUUCACCUGGUUUCUUCCAGAGGACUCUACCUUCCAUAGUCAAAGCUCUUUCUAUGAGUAUGCUGCUCUUACAGGUAAUAGAGGUUUGCAGGAAACCUGUCUUCGCUAUUUGGCUUGGAACUGUGAGGCACUGAUCCGUUCCCCAGUCUGGCGCAGUCUGUCCUUGGACCUGGUCAAGGCUCUCCUGUCCCGCUCAGACCUGGUGGUGCCCAAUGAGACCUACCUCUUUAAAGGCCUGAAAAGUUGGGUUUCGGCCCAAGAGAACCCAUCUGUUUCUGAAACCCUUUUGGAGCUCAUCCGUUUCCCCAUGAUACCAGCUGAAGACUUAUUCAAAGUUAGAGGCUCGCAGUACCAGGCUAGCAAGUUGCAGGGUUUUCAGUUCAAUGCCCUGCCUUUUGGGAUGCUGCUUAACGACCUGACAGAGAAAGAGAACACUUACACAUCCAGGAUUUACACUGGCAGUCCAUGGAGCUUCACCUUCAGCGCACAGGACAUCAGUGAAUACCAAGAGUUUGGAGUCUACACUCUUAGAGGCCAGCGUCGUCACAACCUGAGUUCCUGUUUCCAGACGCCUGUGCUUAACAGUGCCUACUUUACCUUUCACAGCAUACUCUGGAACACAACAGUAUAUAUGAGUGAUGAAGAUUGCUCAAACAGCAGUGUCAUAUGCCCUUCCCUGCCUGCAGUCAGUUUGGAGAUCCAGGAAAGGAUGAGUGAUUUACCCCAAUGGCUGAAGGAACGGAUUUUGUACAACAACAGGCUUGUUGUUAUGUGUGAAGGGAAGUAUGUGUUUCAUGUUGAUGAAUUUCAAGCUGGUGAUGGUGAGAACCUGGCACUGGUUCCAACCAACAACAGUGCAGGACAAGUCUAUCCAUGUCACUCAAACCAGUUCUCCUACCAAGUGGUGGUACGUCCUCAGUACAUAAUAGAUUAG